AUGGUGUUUCAGUCGUUUAUACAGUUUGCCAAAUUUCCAACAAAGCUAUCGUGUAUAUCUGCCUCAAGGCUUCGGAAAUCGUCACGAACGCCCUUCUUUCGCUCAUCGUUCCCGUACUUGCAUACUAGCUACUACUACCAGGGACUACAGACAUACAAUGACUUUUUGCAUGGAGCCAAAUGGUGGACGAGAGCUAACCGCCACUCGGCAGAACAACACGCCAGGUCCUUUUUGGGAAUAUCGAAUGGCCAUUAUGGAUUGUACUAUUCCAUGUACAACCACGAGUCCGAGAGAAGAGAGAAGCAGCAGAAAUACCGGGCAGAAAUACGGCAGUACCUAGUGAGACAGAUUGAGGAGGGCGAUAGAACCAAAUUUAGACAGUGCAUGUUCAUGAGAGCUUGUCAGCUUCAUCACAAUUUCCAUACAAGUAACCAGUACAGGCACAGAUAUAGACAUAGAGGUCACCAUCGAAGCGGCGGUGGUCGUCACCACUACAGGAGACUUUUCAAGCUCAAAUUGCUUCUUGUUGGGUUCACCGCGAGAUUCUUGAUCUCAAGAGCAUUCAAAGACGCUCAGUUGAACUUGGAAAAUGUCAAAAACUUCUCCACGAGACUAUCGUCUUCAUCGUUUUUCAAACCUACAAUUUAUUUAAUUCAUUCUGGAUCGCCCUCAUAUUCCACCAAUCCCAACGGAGGGUCAUCUUCUCCUUUACAUUCGCUAUUUUCUAAACAAGAGCCAAGAAAUGCUUUUAGCAUUGGCACUGGCGUUGGCAUUGGGAAAAGAUCCUACACAACAGCCUCGCAGAUUUUGAACGAAUCUGCGUUUGCAAAAGCACCACCGGCUAGAAAAAAGCAACGCACUUUAGCUGCCGAUGAAACUAAAACCAGUGGUGGUGAUGCUGCUGGUGCUGACGACUUUAACGAACAAUUUUUGACGACUCAAUUGCACAACAUACAAACAAAGUACGACAAUCACAAAACUCCACUGGACCUCGACAUUAUAUACCCCAUUUACCAAACAAUCAAGCGGAAUGGGUUGACACUACCAGAGAUUGCCCUCUAUGAUGUUGUCUUGAAGUCAAUAGAUGGGAGAAGUCUCGAUAGUGAAGUUGAAUUGCAAGCCAUUGAAGCGAAAUUAACGACCUUGUUAACGGUCUACCAGGACAUUCUCGGCGCAGGUGUCAAGCCUUCAAAGGAAACGUACAACAUUGUCGUUGGUGCCUUAAUGGAGGGCAGCAAAUCAUGCAUGCAAAUAGUGUCUCCCAAUUCGGCCCACUAUUAUCAAGCCAAUCGCAAGGCAAUGGAGUAUGCUCAGAUUAGCUUUGAGCUUUUGGAAUCUGUCCAUAGGCAAUUGGAUUUAAAGAUUCUUUUACCUACAAUGGUUGAACUCAUGUUGAAGUAUCCACCUUUAAAGAGCGAGAAGGUGAUGCGCAUAUUACUUCCUAUUGUCCAGAGCCUUGACUCUGCUGAUGACAAAUUGAAUUUUGACGCCAUGAAAUUUGUUCAACUUCUCGGAAGCCACAAUGUCAAUAUCAUUGCUGGCGCGGAAACUUAUUCCCUUGUUGAAAAAAUCUAUUCAAAUUUGAGAGAGUCACUGGUGGACGAGUUUGAGAUCUACUCAGCAAUGAUGAAUGCGUUGAUGCAGAACAACUUUACAAAUGCAGCUAGUCAAUUCUUGGAUAAUGUGCUCAUUGAUUACAAGGAGUCGUUACAGUUUGCCAAGAGGCCGCGUAAGCAACAAGUGAGUGACUUGAUUGCUGCGUUUUUGGAUAAAUUUGCCACCAAAUAUGGAUAUAUCAAGGGUCUUGACUUGCUCAAGAAAUUCCAGUCUGUUGCAUAUCUCCCGGAGUUGCCAGUCUCGUUGUACAAUAAAUUCAUCAACGAGUUGAGCAAAAGUGAAGGACAGUAUGAGAACAUGUGGCAGCUUUACAACAGAAUGGCAUUAAGAAGAGACUUUCAAUCGAAAUCAACAAUGGAUUUGAUGAGUUUCAACGGAGAUGUUGCGUGCCGCGAUCUUCUUUUAUCUCUCUCGAUACAAGCGGGGGACCAUGAGAGAGUGUUUCAACUACUCAAGGAGCUACUUUUAAAAGGGCACCUCAUUGGAGACCACCAGACUUUGCAGUUGUUGUUGCAUUAUCUAAACAAUGGUGUCACCCUUAACCGAGCUGAGGGUGAAUUUUUCAACAGCUACUACUUUGGACUAUUAUGUCAAAUCUUGGAAUCUCAAGCGAAAUACUACGACGCUUCCAACCAUUUGAGUGAUUUUGUUUCCGAGUUUAUUCCUUACAUGAUGAUUGCGGUUCCUGCGGAGCUACAUUCCGAUGGGCUCGCUAUUUGCAGUGUAGUCAAUUACAAUGUUCAAAGUCUUUUGAACUCGUUCUUGGUUGCCAAAGCAAUUGAUAAGUUUGACCUUCAAAAGGAUAAUAUUUACGGCAUUGUGUUUGUCGCACAGCAAUUGAUGUCCUACACUGGAAACAGCGAGAGUUUGCUUGAAAAGAUCAUUUCCGUUGAAGCUCGAUUGAUUAACGAAUUUGAAGAUGUUGAUAACCACUACAUUGAAUUGACGGACGACGUUGCCGCAUUCAAAGCCAAGCUUUAUGAUCACUUUAGGAGCUUAGUGAAUGCACAAACACCGUCACUGUUAUUGUCUUUGCCGAUUGUAGCCCAAGCUUGCGAAUACUUGGGCGUGGACUUGGGCCUCCAGCAAAAGUCGACGACUGUCAUCAAUGAUUCUCAUUCAGCGUCGUUGGUGGAGGAUUUAACCUACGAUUUGGUUCCGUUGCUCAAUGUAAACUAUAGGACAGGCAUUGCAAAAUUCAAGGACUAUUUCGAAAAAGGUUACAAUUUCCUGGCCAGCACCUGGGAAGUAAUAAUCAACGAAGAAUUUGUUUCAAAUCAUGCAAAGGAGAUUGGCAUUGAGGACAUUUUGACACGAAUUUGGUCUUGCAACGAUUGUGAUGCUGCACUUCGGAUACUGCUACUCCGCAAAAUGGUUGAAUUUGAUGACGAACAAGUCUUGAUUCAGGUCUUUGCCUUUGUUUCGCAGAAUUAUGUGUUUGAAAGUGAGAUUUUGGAUGCUUUGUUCAGGUCGGCAAAGAACAUUGGAAUUAAGUCCAUCGAUUUUGAUUUUGUUUCAGUAGCAGCAGCACAAAUGAAACAUGAUGGAAACAAAGGAUGGAUCAGUGCAUACUUUGCGUACUUGAGGCUGAUUCGAGACUUUGAAUCCAUAAUUUCAUCUUGCAAAGAUUUCGGUUAUGAAAUGGACGACGAGAUCAAAUUGUCUUUUCUUGAAGCUCAGUUGGAAGUAAACCCAGCUGGAUUUACAGAGCUCCUAAAUACGCUAGACGUCAAAGCUUGUGCCAAAUUGUCUGUUUUGAAGAUCAAAGACGCACUUGCCAAGGGUGUGGGAGCAAGCGCAGUGUUGUCAGAGGAAUACCCUGGGGAUACAGUUGAGUUGGCUCAAACUUUAUCUUACGCACGAUUUUUAGACUCAUUGCAACAAAACAAGUUUCAUAUCGAUUUUGCUGCGCCUGUCCGGUCAGCAAACCACUUGGCCAGCUCCUUGAUGACAACUGGUAACUUACCCGCUAUGAAGACGAUGUUGAAACAAAAUGACCAAUUUGACCAACGAGAAUUAAUCACGGAAAUGCUCGAUAUGUUAAUUCUCGCUCGGUCAAAGUACCUGGUGCCUAGCCAAGUGAUUAUUAACAAAUUGAUGCACUUUAUCAAAUUUUUCAAAUUGCUAGAUUUGAAAUUCUUGCCCGUAAAGAACUUUUUGCAAAUAAUUGAGAUUUUGAAAAUUACGAAAUCCGAAAUUCUACAAGUAUUGAUUAGGAGAAUAUUUGGUGGAGACAGAAGUAUAGAAGGUCGUUCAAUCGCGGAUGUGAUUAACUUUUAUUUCGUGGAAAUUAGAUUGCUCGAUGCUCACUCAAAGCAAUUGGUUGCUGAAGAGUUGAGAGAGUUUGUAUAG